UUUGUCCUGUUAUUUUCUUCUUGCUGUCGCCAGCAGUUGCCGGUAGUUUGAGGGAUAUGGAUGUGGACUUUACUUUCUCCUCUCGUCGGUCUCCUGUGGUGUGUUUACACGGCUGCGUGGCGUCCAGUCAGCCGCUAGCCUCCAACAUAGGACUCGACAUCCUGAAGCGUGGUGGUAAUGCGGCAGAUGCUGCGGUUGCCAUAGCAGCAGCGCUGGCGGUAACAGAACCGUGCAGCACCGGUCCUGGUGGAGACGCCUUCUGUUUGUUCUACAACGGAAACACUGGAGAGAUCAGGGGAAUUAACGGCAGCGGUCGUUCAGCCAGAGCUCAGACCCUGGACUUUCUGGAAGGUCGUGGGUAUGCCGCAGAGGCCCCUCCUUCACCUUCUGAUGCCUUGAAUGUCACAGUACCAGGGGCCCCUGCAUGCUGGUGUGAUGCUGUACAGCUGUUUGGUAGUCACAAGCUGUCCUUGCAGGAGGUGCUGAGCGGGGCCACCGAACUUGCAGAGGUGGGGUUUCCUGUUGCCCAGGUAACGGCUCACCACUGGGCGAAAUGGGUGGCUGCUCUGAGAGAUGCUGGGAAGGAACUGGGUGGAGAACUGCUGAUUGAUGGUCAUGCGCCCAAAUGUGGACAAGUAUUCAGAAAUCCUACCCUGGCCCAGACCCUGAAGGAGCUCGGUGAGCGCGGCAAACCAGCUUUCUAUCAGGGCAGAGUGGCCCGAGCAAUCGUCGACAUCAUCAACCAAAACGGAGGAGUCAUGACCCUGGAUGACCUCAGCAGCCAUGACAGUGAGGUCAUCACCCCCAUAAGCACAGAGUACAAGGGUGUGCGUCUGUGGGAGCCGCCUCCUAACAGUCAGGGAUUGGCUGCCCUGCUGCUUCUCAACAUCCUGGAGAACUUCCCUCUCAAAGCUGCAGGCCAUAACAGCUCAGACUACAUCCAUGUACUAGUGGAGGCUGUGCGCUUGGCCCAAACAGAUGCUCUGCAUUACCUUGGUGACCCAGACCAUGUGACCAUCCCACUGGAAACCUUAUUGGACAAGAGCUACGGCCACCAGCAAGCGCAGCGCAUCAGCGCAGACAGGGUCAUGGAAAAAGUGGAGCCUUGCCAAAUGACAGGAAGUGACACAGUCUAUUUCUGUGUGAUAGACAGUGACGGCAAUGCCUGUUCAUUUGUCAAUAGCACCUACAUGGGAUUUGGAAGUGGGCUGGUCCCUAAGGAUUGUGGAUUCUCACUACAGAAUCGUGGUGCCUGCUUUUCUCUGUGCCGUAACCAAGCUAACUGUAUUGCUGGAGGGAAGCGGCCAUAUCACACUAUAAUACCUGCACUUCUCACUGACUCUGCAACCAAAUCACAAAAACCUCAACUCCUCGCUGCACUGGGUGUGAUGGGGGCUUUUAUGCAACCGCAAGGACAUGUCCAGGUGUUGCUGAACAUGUUGGAGUUUGGGAUGAAUCCUCAACAAGCUCUGGACGCACCAAGAGUCUAUGUACAUUUUGACCGCAAAACUGAUCAGUGGAUGGUAAAUCUGGAGGAAGGGGUCGACCAGGAGGUAGCUGAAGAGAUGAGAAAACGAGGCCACAAAGUCAACUGGCCAAUCACAGGGCAUCAGAGGGCUCAGUUUGGGCGAGGACAGAUCAUCACAGUGGGGGAUUGGUGGAACCCAUCGGCCAGUCAAACUGAUCAUUCACCCAAGGUGCUGUGGGCGGGAUCAGACCCCAGAGCGGAUGGAUGUGCUCAGGGAUACUAGACUUGCAGUAUGUGACUUCCUCUCCUCUUCCUUGUAUAUUUAAAAUUCACCACCAAUUAAGCAACGCUGUCUGAAGGCAAAUUCCUACAGAUGGAAUGUAGAGCAGAAGUGUUAUAAACUUUUGGUGGUGACAUUAAUUACAGUAGAUGCUAACCUUUUUACUUUGGCUUCAUUAAUAAGUGUAAUGACUUUAUUGCCCUCUAAGAACUUGAGAACAACUCAGGUGUAUGACACACCUAUAGCCCAGCAUCAUAUUAUAACACAUUGCAUAUAAUUUGUGAGAUACAAUUAAGUUUGAGUUUAAACUGUUCACCAUAUUUCAUAGUUUGUGAUGGAAUCAUUGACACCACAGUCCUAAUAUCAUAGCAUUUUCUCUUGAGUUUAAUCUAUAUUUUUAAGCCAAUGCACCAUUUUGUUUGCUCUUAAAUAUAGAGCAACAAACUGGAAAUGAACUCUUUGUGUAACAUUGCAUUUAAAACCACAGAUGCCAUUCCUUAACUCUAUAUUUAGUUAAGAUAAUUAUCUGUUUCAGUGCCUUUAAUUAGUUGCUGCUUGUCUAGAAAUGACAGCAAUAUAGUAACAUAAAUAUAUACACAUAAAACCUUCCUUCCUCAGUGAGUGAUAGUUGCAUCUUUGCUCUGGGGACAUUUUUCAAAACAAAUUGAGCUUAGUUAAUGUAUCAAUGUCAUGUGAAUCAAAUCAGUAUCACAGUAUAUCUCCAUUCAAAUUGCUUUUGUAUUAUUCACAAGAAUUUAAAGUAUUUUUUUUCUGUUUUUGGAAACAAACUGAUUUAAAUCUGUCUUCACUUAAAAUGGUCUGUCAAAUAUGCUAGAAAUACUCAUGGAUUUUUACUUUUAUUUUUUUAUUUUUUCACAAAUAAAUAAAUCUGAUUUAUUUUCAAA